GAAAUUUAGAUGUUGUAAUUGAAAUGUCGCCGGAAGGGGCGAAUUUAGGUGGUGAUGGAGCAGAAUACUCGUUUGCCAUGGAGUACCAUGGCCCACCUAUUACCCAUGAUAUUCCCCGAGCUGUUCCUAUCAAAAUGGGGAGGAUUCCGGUGGCUACGGUGGUUGCCCAAGUCCCGUUCUCCGACAAGUUGUCAUUGUUGCCGGUUGUCCAGCCAAUAUCUGCGCCUGAUAUUACUAAAAAGUUUUCAAAAGAGUUAAAACUAAGUUCUGAACCCACUGUUUCUCCCACAUCUGUGAUAGCCUUUGAGCGGGGAAAUAGUGAGGGUGAUGAAUCAAAAGAAUUAGCUGUAGGAUGUGAAACAAUUGUUUCUCCAACUUCUGUGAUUGCAUUUGAGGAGGGAGUUGCAAAUAAUGGCGCUUUUUCCAUGUUAGGUGAAUUAAGUAGCCUAGGUACUUUAGAUUUCCAAAAUAGGAAUGAGGGCUCUGGAGAGUUUUCUGAUGUGAUUCAAAGUUUGACUGGGCUAGCACUAGGCUCUUCAUCCAAUAGUCAUGAACAUUCACAUGAGAUAUUAGGCACGGCAGGAAGCUCAGGUACUUCGGAAUUUUUGGAUAGUUUUGAUAAAACAAGGGAGUUAUUAGGAUGCUUAACUUCACAGAGGGUUUCAAAUGGUUGCAAGGAUAGUUUAGAUCUUAAUGAUUCCAACCAGCUGGAUUGGGUUUCAAGCGAGUCAGUGUUGAGCUUGGAUCAUCCGUCUUCUCGGGUUUCUUCUCCUAGGAUUGAGGAUGGCAACAAUGGACCUGCUUGUGAUGUAAGACGGACUCCGGUUGUAACUUUUCGUGAUGUUGAAUCAGAUGAGGGAGAUUUGGGUGAGGAAUCAAGUCGUUCUGAACCUGAAGUUUACAGAGCAAAAAGAGAACCUGAGGUUAAGGCAAGGAAGGGAGCAUGCUAUCGAUGCUCGAAAGGAAACAAGUUCACUGAAAAGGAAGCCUGCAUCGCUUGUGAUGCUAAGUAUUGUAGUAAUUGUGUGCUCAGAGCAAUGGGGUCUAUGCCGGAAGGAAGAAAGUGUGUUACAUGCAUUGGAUAUCCUAUUGAUGAAAAGAGAGAGAACUUGGGGAAAUGUUCUCGAAUGCGCAAGAGACUGCUCAAUGACUUGGAAAUUCAACAAAUAUUGAAGGCUGAAAAGUUUUGUGAAGCUAAUCAAUUGCCACCAGAGUAUGUUUUUGUGAAUGGUAAGCCUCUCUAUCAGGAGGAGCUGGCUAUAUUGCAGAGUUGCCCAAACCCACCAAAGAAGCUGAAACCAGGACAUUAUUGGUAUGAUAAAGUUUCUGGUCUUUGGGGAAAGGAAGGACAGAAGCCUUGCAAAAUUAUUAGCGCCCAUCUGAAUGUUGGGGGUCCCAUCAAGGCAGAUGCAAGCAAUGGAAACACACAAGUUUUUAUAAAUGGUCAGGAGAUCACAAAAGUAGAGCUACGGAUGUUACAGGUUCGUAUGUCUAACUAUGGAUGAGAUUGAAACUAAUCCACAUGCAUAUAUCUAAUAUUAAUGUGUUCAACAUCGUAGCUGGCAGGGGUCCAAUGUGCUGGAAACCCACACUUUUGGGUGAACGAGGAUGGUUCAUACCAGGAAGAGGGACAGAAAAAUACAAGAGGGUAUAUCUGGGGUAAGGUGUGUA